GCUGGGGAGCUGGUGGCUCCGGGCAGAGGCCGCGGCCGGAAGAUGCCGGUCCGCAGGGGCCACGUCGCGCCCCAAAACACUUACCUGGACACCAUUAUCCGCAAGUUCGAGGGCCAGAGUCGAAAGUUCCUGAUCGCCAAUGCUCAGAUGGAGAACUGCGCCAUCAUUUACUGCAACGAUGGCUUCUGUGAACUCUUCGGCUACUCCCGAGUGGAGGUGAUGCAGCGACCGUGCACCUGUGACUUCCUCACAGGCCCUAACACCCCACGCAGUGCCAUGUCCCGCCUGGCGCAGGCCCUGCUUGGGGCUGAGGAGUGCAAGGUGGACAUCCUCUACUACCGCAAGGAUGCCUCCAGCUUCCGCUGCCUGGUGGACGUGGUGCCUGUGAAGAAUGAGGACGGGGCUGUCAUCAUGUUCAUCCUCAACUUCGAGGAUCUGGCCCAGCUCCUGGCCAAGAGUGGGAGCCGCAGCCUGUCCCAGCGCCUGCUGUCCCAGAGCUUCUUGGGAUCCGAGGGCUCUCAUGGCAGGCCGGGUGCACAGGGGCCUGGCGCGGGCAGGGUCAAGUACAGGACCAUCAGCCAGAUUCCACAGUUCACGCUCAACUUUGUGGAGUUCAACCUGGAGAAGCACCGCUCAGGCUCCACCACGGAAAUUGAGAUCAUCGCACCCCACAAGGUGGUAGAGCGGACCCAGAAUGUCACCGAGAAGGUCACCCAGGUCCUGUCUCUGGGUGCGGACGUGCUGCCAGAGUACAAGCUGCAGGCGCCACGCAUCCACCGUGGGACCCUCCUGCACUACAGCCCCUUCAAGGCCGUGUGGGACUGGCUCAUCCUGCUGCUGGUCAUCUACACGGCCAUCUUCACGCCCUACUCAGCCGCCUUCCUGCUCAGCGACCAGGACGAGUCUCAGCGCGGGGACUGCAGCUACACCUGCAGUCCACUCACCAUGGUGGACCUCAUCGUGGACAUCAUGUUCGUUGUGGACAUUGUCAUCAACUUCCGCACCACCUACGUCAACACCAACGACGAGGUAGUCAGCCACCCCCGCCGCAUUGCCGUCCACUACUUCAAGGGCUGGUUCCUCAUUGACAUGGUGGCUGCCAUCCCCUUCGACCUGCUCAUCUUCCGCACCGGCUCUGAUGAGACCACAACCCUGAUUGGGCUGCUGAAGACAGCGCGGCUACUGCGGCUGGUACGUGUGGCCCGGAAGCUGGACCGCUACUCUGAGUAUGGGGCAGCCGUGCUAUUCCUGCUCAUGUGCACCUUUGCGCUCAUCGCACACUGGCUGGCCUGCAUCUGGUAUGCCAUCGGCAAUGUGGAGCGGCCCUACCUGGAGCCCAAGAUCGGCUGGCUGGACAGCCUGGGAGCGCAGCUCGGCAAGCGCUACAACGUCAGUGACCCAGCCUCGGGCCCCUCGGUGCAGGACAAGUAUGUCACUGCCCUCUACUUCACCUUCAGCAGCCUCACCAGUGUGGGCUUUGGCAACGUCUCUCCCAACACCAAUUCAGAGAAAGUCUUCUCCAUCUGCGUCAUGCUCAUUGGCUCCCUCAUGUACGCCAGCAUCUUUGGCAAUGUGUCCGCCAUCAUCCAGCGCCUGUACUCGGGCACGGCGCGCUACCACACGCAGAUGCUGCGUGUCAGGGAGUUCAUCCGCUUCCAUCAGAUCCCCAACCCGCUGCGGCAGCGCCUGGAAGAGUACUUCCAGCACGCCUGGUCCUACACCAACGGCAUCGACAUGAACGCGGUGCUGAAGGGCUUCCCCGAGUGCUUGCAGGCAGACAUCUGCUUGCACCUGCACCGCGCCCUGCUGCAGCACUGCCCAGCCUUCCGUGGUGCCAGCAAGGGCUGCCUACGCGCGCUCGCCGUCAAGUUCAAGACGGCCCACGCGCCGCCUGGGGACACGCUUGUGCACCUCGGCGACGUGCUUUCCACGCUCUACUUCAUCUCCCGCGGCUCCAUCGAGAUCCUGCGCGACGAUGUGGUCGUGGCCAUCCUAGGAAAGAACGACAUCUUUGGGGAGCCUGUUAGCCUCCAUGCCCAGCCAGGCAAAUCCAGUGCAGAUGUGCGGGCUCUGACUUACUGCGACCUGCACAAGAUCCAACGGGCAGACCUACUGGAGGUGCUGGACAUGUACCCCACCUUCGCAGACAGCUUCUGGAGCAAGCUGGAAGUCACCUUCAACCUGCGGGACGCAGAUGGGGGUCUCCAGUCAUCACCCCGACAGACUACAGGCAGCCAGGACCACCAGGGCUUCAUCUUCAGUGACAACCAGUCAGGUGCAGCCCCUUCCCUGAGCCUCUCAGAGGCAUCUGGACUCUGGCCUGAGUUGCUGCAGCAAGUGCCCCCAAGACCAAAGCACAGCCCCCCAGACCCUCAGGGAGACCCAGACUGCUGGCUUCAGGAGCUGGGCUCCAGGCUAGAGCAGCUCCAGGCCCAGAUAAACAGGCUGGAGUCCCGCAUGUCCUCAGAACUCAGCCACAUCCUGCAGCUCCUUCAGCAGCCCCUGACCCAGGGCCACACUGGCUACAUUCUGGGAGCCCCUGCCUUCAAUGAUCUGGCAUUGUUUCCUGCGGCCUCAGAGACUCAGAGUCCAGGAACUAGGCUGCCCCAGGGCAUUCUGCCCCCUGCACAGGUGAGCAGACUGCAAGCUAUGGUGACUUGGAUAAACAUGGGCCGAAGCGCAGGAACUCGUCCCCCAGGAUGCCUCACCUGGUCACGGCAACAGACAACACUCGGACACUCUCCUCAGAACUGGAGCAACCUGAGGGGCUCCUGUCACCCCUGGCCUCACCUCUGCACCCCCUGGAGGUACAGGGACUCAUCUGUGGUCCCCGCUUCCCCUCCCUCCCUGAACACCUUGGCUCUGUCCCCAAGCAGCUGGAGUUCCAGAGACAUGGCUCAGAUCCUGGAUUUGUGGGGAGUUAGAGCCACCAAACCCCAAGAUAAAAUACAGCAUGAGGGGAUUAAAGGUGGGUGAGGUAAGAGUUAUGGAUUUGGUGGAGGCAGACAGCUGCCAAAAUGGACCUUUGAAAACCAUUCUCCUAGAGUAGCUACAAACUUCUAACCCAGGUGACCCAAGAUGGUAAGGUGAGGAGGCUUAGGAUUCUCCCAGACUCCUCCAGGGCUUUGUUUAGAUAGCAGGCCUGGUGGAGGGUGGGUGAGCCUUGGGCAUGGAGGUAGCAUAUAGGACAGAGGAUUCAGUGAGGAAAAGAGAAGUUUCUGAUCUUCUGUGUGACAGCUUUGUUCUGGGCUGGGUGCAAUCAUGUCCUGGAUCAGAACUACCGACUGCCUCUCAACUCAGCACCUAAGGUUGGUCAGACCUCCUGCUGAGAGCCUGUGACCUGGCUGGAAAUGAAAGUGUCCUCUGUAGUGGACAUAUCAGGGAACAUAGCUCCAGCCUUCAGCUGCUUUGCCUCUGAUGGUUCUGUGAUGACAUUUGGGACUCUAGCAGACAAUGGAGUGUAUCACAGCUAAUAAAGUCUGCAUAUUUCA